AUGGCUUCGGUGGCAAGGUCCUGGACGUGCAUGGCGUGCCAGCGCAAGGCACUGAACCCGUCGCCUCUCCAGUCCAGGACGCUACGGGGCUUGUACUCGACCAAGGCCAGCCGCCAUGACAGGACGUUCCGGAUGGCCGUCGUGGGAUCGGGGCCGGCCGGUUUCUACACGGCCUACAGGGUCAUGUCGCGGAUCCAGCGCGCCAAGGUCGACAUGUUCGAGGCGCUGCCGGUGCCGUACGGCCUGGUGCGCUUCGGCGUGGCCCCGGACCACCCGGAGGUCAAGAAUUGCCAGGACAAGUUCGAGGAGGUGGCGCGCUCGCCCGACUUCACCUUCGUCGGCAAUGUGGCCGUCGGCAACGCCGGGGACCACUUUGGCGGCUGCACCGUCCGGCUGGACGCCCUGAUGCGGCACUACGACGCCGUGGUCUUCGCGUACGGCGCGUCCAAGGACAAGACGCUCGGCGUCCCCGGGGAGUCGCAGCUCAGGGGCAUCUACUCGGCGAGGGAGUUCGUCGGCUGGUAUAACGGACUGCCGGAGUACGCCGGCCUCGCGCCCGACCUGACGCAGGGGGACGAGGCGGUCAUCGUCGGGCAGGGCAACGUGGCGCUCGACGUCGCGCGCAUGCUGCUGGAGAACGUGGACGUGCUCAGGAAGUCGGACAUCACGGAGGCGGCCAUCGAGACGCUGUCCAGGAGCCGCGUCAAGCGGGUGCACGUGGUCGGCCGGCGGGGCCCCAUGCAGGCUGCCUACACGAUCAAGGAGGUCCGGGAGCUGAUGAAGCUGCACGACGUCGGCUUCCACCAGGUCGACAUGUCGCUGGUGCCCGACGAGAUAUCCAAGCUGCCGCGCGCGCAGAAGAGACUGACCGAGGUCAUUGUGAAGGGGUCGACCGCAAACAUCGACACCGCCUCGCGAACCUGGUCGCUGGACUUUUGUCUGUCGCCCGUCGGGUUCCGUGGCGGGCCGGACGGCAACGUGCGCAGCACGAUUCUCGAGCGGACCUCUCUGGCGGCGCCGUUCGAUCCCACGUCCAAGGUCAGCGGCACGGGCGCGCUGGUGGAGAUCCCGUCAGCGGUGGCUUUCCGUUCCAUUGGCUACAAGUCGGUCGCACUGCCUGGCUUCAGCGAAGCGGGUAUUUUGUUUGACGAUAGAAGCGGCAUCAUUCAGAACGACGGGCUGGGCAGGGUGUAUACAAACAACGCGGCAGACGAGGCAGCCCCCAGGCAGCAUCUGGGAGGGGUUUACUGUGCUGGUUGGGUCAAGAGAGGCCCGACCGGCGUGAUCGCCUCCACCAUGCAAGACGCAUUCACCACGGGUGAUGCCAUCGUCGAGGACUGGGCCUCAGAAGCGCCAUUCCUACAUGAAGAGCCCAGCCUUGGCUGGGAAGGCUUGAAGCAAGAGGUGGACGAUAGCAAGAGCCAAGUUAUCACAUGGGAGAAAUGGCAAAAGAUAGACAAGGCGGAGAAGGAAAGGGGUCAAUUGGUAGGAAAGGAGCGGGAGAAGUUUACCAGCACUGCCGAAAUGCUAUCGGUGGCUGCAUAG